UGUUGGCUGGCUGCAGAGACUGGUUGGACUAGGCGCGGUACCUGUCUGGGGUUUGCUUUAGACACUGUGUGACACCCCAAGUGUAACUGAUAGCAGCACGACAGCCUCCCUACAGCCCUACCGCUGGUCACCUUGGUCACCUAUAUGUAGGUCCUCUUCAGUCUGCGAACUAACUAGAAUGAGGACUCGUGAAAAACAGGAGAGAGACAAAUAAUUGGAAUCUCCCUGCGAGGUAUCGGUGGCUCAGGCCGGAAGCUGUCACUGAGGAUAACGGUACAUGCGCAUAAUCGGGGACUAACACUUUCUCUCGAUUGAAAUGAAAACAUGGCUGAUUUGGCCAGGUACGGACGAAGAAAACAGAAGAAUCCGCAACGAAAAAACGUGGAGAAUGAAGACAACAUGGGAGAAACUACAACUCUAGGGACUGACGGAAAGGGCGACUUAAAAACAGAUUGUACCAGUGUCAAAACCGAACAACAUUGCCACGAUGAUAAGGAAAACUGUAAUCAUGACACAAACCAGUCCCGAUCUGAGGAACAAAACAACAACAAUAACUCAUCUCAACUUAAAAUCAAAGUCGAGGACAGCAAUCAGUCGUCAACAACUGUACCUGGCCCUGUGAAGGAAGGAGAGACUCCCGUGAAGUGUGAGGAAGAUAAGAUAAAGGAACUGUUAGAGAGAGGAGAUACGGCUGUGAUAUUCCCCGAACCUGUGAGUGACCAUGAGGAUGACAAUGGCAGUCACACUGGAGAUUCAGUAAGUAACACUGACGAUGAGGUGUGCCUGAAGUGUGCUCACUGUCAGCAAGGCUUCUCCCGCAUCAACCUGCUGAGAGAUCACAUGAAAACGUAUCAUGCUGACAAACCUAUCAAGUACUCAUGCCCCAAGUGUGACGAGAGCUUUGUGCUCAAAUCUCAGCUGGACAAGCACUUAGCGUGCCAUUCCCCGACGUCCCAGCUCUGUCGAGUCUGCCACAAGAGCUUUGCCAACGUCUACCGCCUCCAGAGGCACAUGAUCAGCCAUGACGAGAGCACAGACUUGCGAAAGUUCAAAUGCCCUGAAUGUGGCAAGGCUUUCAAGUUCAAACAUCAUUUGAAGGAGCACAUUCGCAUCCACAGCGGGGAGAAACCAUUUGAAUGUUCAAAUUGCGGAAAGCGCUUCAGUCAUUCUGGCUCCUACAGCAGUCAUAUGACAUCCAAAAAGUGCUGGGUAAUGAACAUGAAAGGGCGACGCGUGGACCGCAAUGGAAACAUGGAAUCUAUAUCGUAUGCAAACAGUCCCAAACAGCAAGCAGCCAUCACCAGCACGGAGCUCCCAAUACAGACUAGCUUUGCCACCCAGUUUGUUCACUUUGACCCGCGGAACCCGACAUCAGCUGUCCCUGCCUACUUUUCACCCUCCCUGAAUGGGAGUUUCAUUCCCUACACCGUGUACUCCCCCAAACAACCCCCCAGCUCAGUCAUCUACACCCCAACCCCUAACGGAGGACUGCCCCAGUCCCAGCUCUCCCCCGAUAAAAAAACAGAUCUCAUUCCAUCUCUUGCUGAUAAAAAACUUGCUGAAGCUAUCCGCAAGGAAAUUGCCUUGGUGUGCUCUGCAGAGAGUGUACGUGUGGUGGAGAAACUCAAGUCCAGCUCGGAAGCUGUGUCCCCGGAUAGCAGCGGUGUGAAGGAAGAUCGUGACACUGGCAGUCCAGACAGAACGGAAGGGGACCCCACAGAGAACCAGUGCAAACACUGUCACUCUACCUUCAAAAGUCCCGUAGACCUGCAUCAGCAUGAGCGCUAUCUAUGCAAAUUAAACAAAGAUAUCAUCCACCGAGUUAGCCAGAUUGAAAGCGGACUAAACUCCCCAAGCAGUACGACAUCAUCAGACUUCAGCAAGGUUGAUACGUCCAACGGCAGUAUAGAUGGCGUGACUGAUGAUGAAGAUGCAGUUGACUCAAAGGAGGAGAGUUUAGAGAACAGAAAACUGCGCAUGCGCUCUAUGAUCACUGAUGAGCAGCUGCAAGUGCUUAAAGCUCAUUACCAAGUAAAUCCCCGACCAAGAAAAUUUGAACUUAUCCGCAUUGGCAAUGAGAUAGGGUUUCCAAAACGUGUUGUUCAGGUAUGGUUUCAAAACAUGAGAGCUCGGGACAGGAAGAAGGGCAAGAAUGUGCCGUACUUCCCAUCCAUGGCCCGCUUUAAGCGCCAAGAGGAAGGAAGUGUGACACCUAGCAAAGUGCCCUCACCCUACAUCCCAGUCGUUCCUCAGCCUUACAACGGUUCUAUGCACCCAGCUACGAGUGUUGUUCUCUCCACUGCUGGAAGUUUCCCUGUACAGGACCAGAGCAAGACGAACGGGAAAUAUGUCCAGCCAGCCACACAUUCUUCACCCAAGCCUUAUUGCCCAUCACGUCAGCAGGAUGAGCCCCUGGACCUGACAGUCAAGAGGAGUCCGCCCCAAGCCCACGGGGGCUCUCGCUCCCGAAGCCAGACCUCCUCCCCACCCUCCGUGUCAGAAAGCGAGGGAGAGGUCCUCAACCUCAGUCAGAAGCCCUCCUCCAGCUUCAGAGAGCUGCCCCUGAACGUCCCAGUGCCCAGGCCACGGACGGAAACCGGCUUCCAGAACUCCGCCAUCUACAAGUACAUGCAGCAGGAGGGAAUGAUCAUCAACCGUCCCGGCACUCUGCCCAGCUCCAUGUCCAAUGGCAACAUUCCUAGAACCAGCCCCAUCCUAACCAGUUGUGGCCUCGUCCCCAAGUCCGAAAUUCAUCAGGGCUCCCCUCAACGUCUCUCCUCAACCACGGGAGAGGAAGGUGAGGAGGACCGUGUGACCGCGUCGGAGACGUACCGAGACGAUGACACAGACACGCAGGGGGAGCUGGUGAUUGAUGAACGGACCAAUGAAAACACAGACGACUCUGAGUGCGAGGAGCGAUUGCGAAACCGAAUGGAUGAAGAUGACAGGAGUGGGCUGGAUGAGGAGGACAGCGAGGAAGAUAGCGAAGAGGAUGAGGAAGGGGAGGAAGGAGCUCCUAUGAACCACUCCCUCGAUGGCACAGGCGACCCUGACCGCAAAUCCAAACGCACUCGCAAGAAGUCGUGGCGGCAGGUAAAGGUGGAGGCUGAAGAACUCCAGUUAGAUUUUGAAGAAAGUUUGUCUGUUGAUGAGGACCAGCCACACCGUAAGAAACGUCGGUCGUGGAAAAACCACAAAGUGGAUGUAGAGGAAGGCAUGUACGCCUGUGACCAGUGUGAAAAAAUGUUCAGCAAGCAGAGUUCAUUGGCACGACACAAAUAUGAACAUUCUGGGGCCAGACCAUUUAAUUGUGAUGUGUGCAGCAAGGCAUUCAAACACAAGCAUCACCUAACAGAGCACAAACGCCUUCAUAGUGGUGAGAAGCCAUUCCAGUGCCGGAAGUGUGGCAAGAGGUUCAGCCACUCUGGGUCCUACAGCCAGCACAUGAACCACCGUUACAAGUACUGUAAACCUAAUGGGGGUGAUGACUCUGACACCCUCGGGGAAGGGCCAGAGGUCAAACCUUGUGACAGAAUGCUUGUUUUCGCCUAGAUCCCGCUAGUAAGUUGUUGGCAAACAUUGUUUGGACUGGUACAAGACAACAGUUGUAUCUUGAAUGUUAUCAGAUUUGCCUGUUGUGUACAUAUUAUACAUGUAUGAAAUUAAGGGCAGUAAACCUACGUAUUUGUUACGAUUUUUUUGUAAGACCUACAAUGAACUGAUUAAUAGUUAUUUCUGUUAUUACCUUGAUAUUGUACUUAUUUGUUUCUGAGCUGUUAUCAAUAACAGUUGCUCAUUUAUUUUAAUAAGAAACAUGCAUUUUACUCGCAAUAGCGUUUGUGACCCACCCAUUCAUAUGAUUUUAGACAUAAUGAGAGUUGAUGAUAUUCUUGCAUCUCAUCAAGACUUGAGUAAUAAUAUUUUGUGCUAUUCUGUGGGUAGAAAACUUUACUUGUAAAUGUACAGUAUGUAUACAUAUUGUACCAGAUUGGGUUUACCAGUUGUUGAGAGCAAUAUUUUUCUUUAUCUGAUUUGGGUCACAAUGAUCCAGUUUAUGUUUAUGCAUAAUAAUUACUUUUAAGUGAAGCCAAUGUAUUUUAUUUAGAGAAAAUGAUAUAUUUUGGUAGAAUAAUGACAUGUGGUCCCUUGCCAUGACAGGUGUGUUCAGGUUAAAUGUCUCCAGUCCCAUGACAAUGUUUUGUAGAGCUGGAACCAGUAGUGGGGAGGUUGUACAUGUUCGCAUGAUAUUUUAUUUUAUAUUAUUGUUAGUCAGUCACAUAGAUCUGAGUAUUACGCUUUGGGGGCUGAUGAGCAUUACCGGCUAGCCUGUACCCCAGCCUUCCAUGACAGGUGGAGUUAGGGAUAUUUGGUCAGUAGAGUACUUGCACUUUCAGUUUGUACAUUGAUAGAGCAGCACCAGGCUUAGUUAUCCCCCUUUUUUUCGUUUGUGGUUUUAUGACAAGCAAUAUGGCGUUUUAAGUAUUUCUAGUCAAGAGAAAUCCCUUUUUGUAUGCAGUAUUAAUAGAUCUCUUUUUGACAUCCAAUAGUCUAUUUUGUUGUUGUAAUGCCCCAACCUGUAGAAUUGUACUGGUGGUAGUGAAUCAGUUGUACAGGUGUAAUGUCCGUGCGCUAGCUGCCUCAGUUCUGUAGUGUUCACAUCGUACAUGUAUUAAUCUUUUAGCAGAGACGACUUGGUCUGUCUCGACAUCUCCUCUCAGUAUUAGUGUACAAAUCUAGCGCUGUAUGCUUUGGGCCAUAUGGUGACACACUUACUUCCCUUUGUAUUCUCAUACCGCCAGCUGCCUGUUUUAGUGAGCCUCUUCUGUCCUGCAGUUUUGCUAAACUAAAAAUAAUUUCGGUAAUACAUCACCUUCCAUUUUAUAUUUAACGAAAAGUUUCUUUUUUCAUUAAUACACCAAGAUUGAUGAAGUUGUAGAUUAUGUAUUUGCCUCUCAGAAAACUUUUUUUAUGAGAUUAUUUAAUUUAAUAUCACCCUCAGUAUUGAUAUUAGAUCAGAUCAGCUCUAUUUACAUUUAUAUUCAUAGCCUUGUCUAGUCCAAGAGUCUAUUUUGUUUUUCUAUGCUAGUGAUGAUCUUGAGAUUCUUGCCAGCAUAAUAUCUAGUCUCAAACACUGUCUCAAGACAUUUUUGCAUGAAUUUGUUGUUCAUUUUAAACAUUAACCAGAUAUCGUGGACUAAAUCAAGUAUAUUUGGUAUUUUUAAUGUGUCAGUUAAGAGGUUUAUGAUGAGCUAUAUUGUUAUGAUAUAUCUAUGUGGAUGAGGUAUUCUAGUCAAUUGAUACCGCAGAGGUGCCAGGGGAGAUAACUCAUGUGAUCCCAUCCUUGAGGCUAGUGUUCUGGUCCCGUCAGCCAGGCUCUUUAACAUUUUGUUUCGUACUAAUCUUUAAGCAACAUUCCACAACGAGUGGAAAUUCCAGGAAAUCCAUAUUACAGAACAUGCAUAAUAUGUAUCAUUUGGAUCACCAAACAACACAUCUGUACUGAUCAUCAUCUUUUCAUGUCUCUUUUUAAAAUGGGAUAAAUGCUUUAUUCAUGCGUGUCUUAGAUAUGUCUUGUGUCGAUGUAUAACGCCAUCACUGUUUGGAAACAGACAUGAUUUUAUAAUCUGUAUAGUCCAUCCUAGUGUAUUAUGCAAUAUAUAUAUACUUAUAUAUGUCUGUGUGGUCUGACGUGUAAGUGUAAGACCUAUGAGGGCUCAUCAUGAGUCAUGUACAGCUGUACAGAUGGUAUGUAGCUUCUACUGUGUACUUUUUGUGGAAUGUUUGACCUACGUCUUCCCCUGUUAAACCUCACCUGUUAACGGUUUGACACAUGUUGGCUGAUCGCUGCUCUCUCAUCAGAGGUGCUUCCAUGACAUACCUCACAGGUAAGCUGUUCAUCACCUGUGCAGGCUUUUCAUCCUGAUAGUUUUUAAAAAACUUUGAAGAAAACUGCUGUACAAAGAGUGUUCUGAUAAUUCUGUAUGGUAUUAUUGGUGUUGUUACAUGAACUUGUUAGAUCUGACAUCUACAAUGACUUUUUUAUAUGUUAAUUAGACUGUGCCAAUGAGGUGUCUGACUGCACCCAGGAUAACUGUAGUCAUUGGAAAGAGUGCUAGUAAAAUGUCCUCCUGGAGACAUCCAGGUCUAUGGUGUACAUAAGGUGUAUAUGCUCAGGUUACUGACCCUGGUCAGAGGUUCACCACCCUGUUAUUGGUGCUGAGUCACAACUAUAGUUAACCAUGUGUUGUACCAGACGUAUCAUGUGCCCUGUUCUAUAUCAACUGAGGGGGUGGGGGAAUAGGAGGGGAGGGUGUGUGUGUGAUUGUUCCUUAUAUGAGGGUGUGACAGUGGUGUAUUUGUUGUGAUAUUUUGUGUGUAUGUCAGAGGUGUACAUUUGGCUUUUCUUAGACUCAUGACUACAACAUAGCAGAGGAAAAUUUGAGAAUAGCCAACCCAUCAUCUGACUUUCAUGUGUGUGAGAAAGGCAUGUUAAAAGAUAAGAUUGUCAUUAAUCUGGUGUGCUUUCUUGAGUGGAUAAAACUGAAAGUGAAAAUGUUGUUGUAGUUCAUGUGGUGUAGAUAGGUGAUUUUGUACAUGUAUGUAUUUUCUUCAUUUUACUGAUACCAUAUAUGAUAUUAUUUGAUUUCCUGUGGGUAUUGUUCCCUUGCCACACCAGGCAGAAGAAGGGACUAUUCCGUGGACACUGUGCCAAAGCCUUGCCGCAAAAGGCCAGUAAGUUGUCCUGUCAGGCAUGUUGAUGUGGGGUCUGAGGCUAUAGCCUCUUCCCCUCCAGUAGACUGGCUGCAGACACUGACAGCCUCUUGAGCAAACCUUGUCCUGUAGGUAGAUGUAGAUUUUAGAGUAGCCUCCCCUUGUAGAUAGCUGUAUGAAUGGUGAUAUGUGACGUUAGCAAAUAGAUGGACACCAAACUUGGCCAGCCCACCUUCCUUGCUGGGUCCACCUGACAAUACUCAGAAGACUCUGCGGGCUCCGUAGUUGAUACCCUGUGAAUUGUGAGAACAAUCAUUUGGUAGUUUUGUAUAUUGUAGUUGUAGAACCCCUGUCGACACGCACACAAUGAUAUUGUACCAUAGGCGCCUGGUGCUAUAGUGUGAGAGACGUGCGAAAGAUUCGUGUAUGGAGUUGUGCUGUAAUCCAGUUCUUCCUUACAUACCAGUAUUAAUGUGCAUGAACUUUACCAAAGUAUUACAUUGUAGUGUCACAAAGAUAAAGCUCUUUGAUCUUUAAUACCUGUGCCAAAACUUUUACUCAGCUCCCUAUUUUUGACUGGCUGUUUCGGCCAGUCGUUUGCCAAUUUGAAUGUGGUGCAUUCGUUUGAUCUAGACAUAAUUUUAUCUUUGGCUCAGUGUUGCCUUUUGUUUUGUUAAGCAGUCUAGAUUUUAAAAUAAAUGUUCCAUCUAUAAUUUGUUGUCUUUGUCUAACCUCUCAAUAUUCAGGUAUCCCAUUAUUAUGUGUUAGUGUUAGAUGUUUUGCAUACCCACCAAAUAAAAUGUCUUCCACAUUAUUUACACUAAUAUGUAGUGUCUGUAUGCCCAGUAAUGAGAACGUCUUCCGUAAUUUUGACACUUGUGUGCGUGUAGUGUAUUUGCUUACCAGUUGAUCACCUUGCCUUGCAUGAUAUCCUCAAAUAAUGUUUGUGGUCUCAUGUGUUUUAUUAUGCUAGUCUUCUGUGGUAUCCUUUAUAUUGUAUAAAGAGCCAGAUGCUAAUUUUAUAGCUUUUUUUUUUUUGGUGCUAGCUAACCAAGGUUCAUGAUUUCAGUGCUUUAAAAGAUUUGAAAUGUUUUUUUUUUAAAUAAUGUUUUAUAUAGUUUGCCAUCCAAAAAGAUAGUGUUUUUGUUUACCCGCCAACUGUCUUCCAAUCUUUAUUUGAAUCUUCCAAUCACUAUUCUGAAACAUAGUGUUAUCCCUACCCCAUCACUGAAUGUCUUCUAAUGUUCACACUAUUCUGAAGAUAGUGUACUGACUAUCAUACCACCAAAUGUCUUCCACUGUUUUACACUAUUCUGAAGAUAGUGCAUUGACUAUCAUACCACCAAAUGUCUUCCACUGUUUUACACUAUUCUGAAGAUAGUGUAUUGACUAUCAUACCACCAAAUGUCUUCCACUGUUUUACACUAUUCUGAAGAUAGUGCAUUGACUAUCAUACCACCAAAUGUCUUCCACUGUUUUACACUAUUCUGAAGAUAGUGCAUUGACUAUCAUGCCACCAAAUGUCUUCCACUGUUUUACACUAUUCUGAAGAUAGUGCAUUGACUAUCAUGCCACCAAAUGUCUUCCACUGUUUUACACUAUUCUGAAGAUAGUGUAUUGACUAUCAUGCCACCAAAUGUCUUCCACUGUUUUACACUAUUCUGAAGAUAGUGUACUGACUAUCAUACCGCCAAAUGUCUUCCACUGUUUUACACUAUUCUGAAGAUAGUGCAUUGACUAUCAUACCACCAAAUGUCUUCCACUGUUUUACACUAUUCUGAAGAUAGUGCAUUGACUAUCAUACCACCAAAUGUCUUCCACUGUUUUACACUAUUCUGAAGAUAGUGUAUUGACUAUCAUACCACCAAAUGUCUUCCACUGUUUUACACUAUUCUGAAGAUAGUGUACUGACUAUCAUGCCACCAAAUGUCUUCCACUGUUUUACACUAUUCUGAAGAUAGUGUAUUGACUAUCAUACCACCAGAUGUCUUCCACUGUUUUACACUAUUCUGAAGAUAGUGUACUGACUAUCAUGCCACCAAAUGUCUUCCACUAUGCUGAAGAUAGUGCAUUGACUAUCAUACCACCAAAUGUCUUCCACUGUUUUACACUAUUCUGAAGAUAGUGUAUUGACUAUCAUGCCAAUACACUGCAGUCUUCCACUGUUUUACACUAUUCUGAAGAUAGUGUACUGACUAUCAUGCCACCAAAUGUCUUCCACUGUUUUACACUAUUCUGAAGAUAGUGCAUUGACUAUCAUACCACCAAAUGUCUUCCACUGUUUUACACUAUUCUGAAGAUAGUGUAUUGACUAUCAUACCACCAAAUGUCUUCCACUGUUUUACACUAUUCUGAAAGAUGGUGUAGUUACUUCCCCCCACAACUUCAGGUCUUCCAAAGCUUUAUGCUGUUUUGAAGUGUAGUGCAUUUGCUGCCCCAUCAAAAAUGUCUUCUAAUGUUUACACAAUUCUGAAGAUAGUGUAUCUACUGUCCCACCACUAAAUGUCUUCCAGUGUUAUUUGCUGUCCAACCACUGAAUGUCUUCCAGUGUUAUUUGCUGUCCCACCACUGAAUGUCUUCCAGUGUUAUUUGCUGUCCCACCACUGAAUGUCUUCCAGUGUUAUUUGCUGUCCCACCUCUUAAUGUCUUAAAAAUGUAUUUGUUGUUCAUCACUGAAUGUAUUCCCCUGCAUUAUACUGUUAUUUGCUGCCCCACCAGAUGUUUUCUGCAACUAACUUUCCCUUUAAAUUUACCGGUCUUCUCUAUCAGUAUUUCUGUGUGCCAAAAGCUAUUAGAGUAUUCAUCUUCAGUAAGCCACUUGUUAACCAUGAACACAUUUUUGUCAGAACGAUCUUCCCACCGAUUUAUGUAUUUGUGCAAAUGUUUUUAUAAAGCUGUAUUUGUGUGAAUGUUUGUAUAAAGCUGUAUUUGUCUUCCAAUGAGUGUUUUUUGAAGGAUGUGAAUGCACUUGUCUUCUAGUAUGUGCCAAACUUGCUCCACACACACACAUGCUACUAUUACUGUAUAGAAAGUGUGUGUGUGAACAACACUGAAGUCUUCCAGAGUGAAAGUGAAAGUGGGAAGGGGUUGUUGGUAUGGUUACAGGUCACAAUGUGUCUGGUAUUAACGAAAACAUGGUUAACUGACAACAAAAAUCCACAAGCUUCCAAAAUGUAUUAUAAAACUUCCAUGUACUAUACUUUGUGUAAGGAGUGUCGUAGAGUAGUUUUGUUAUGGUAGGUGUUUUCUUGUAUAGCUCUGUACAAUCCUGUUCUAAGUCACAAACAGCUACUCAGCCAAAGUUGCCCAAUGGUGUUUGUACUGUACAGCAUGGACAGUUAGCCGGGCUAGCUCACCGUUUGUCCCACUGUUGUUCAUUAGUCAUACACAGGUACCAUACCCACCUGUGCUGUCACAUGCUACCCACUGUCAGCUGUAUACAAAUUUGCAUGUUUAGAUUUUGUUUACUGUGUAUGGAAAUGUACUUUCUGUUUUGGAAUACUCUAGUUGUUGCAUUGUAAGUCUGCAUAAGGUUUGAUUUAGAAAGUACAUGUAUAAUGUAAUCUUGUACAAUAUGUUCUCUCUAUGUUGCAUGCCCACCUUUAAUGUAUUGUAAUUUGUUAUAUAUCUGGCUUCCAUGACCAGGGGAGAUUACUCUGUUUAGGUUAUUGGGCUGUCAUUUGUAAUCACACAUAUAAGUCAUUUUUAUUGUAUCGAAGGUUAUAUUGUAUGACCAGCUACAGCCCAGAUCAGCCUACACAGAGUUGUAGUAAAUUGUUAUUAAUGUCUUACGAAAUCCAGCCUCUCCCAUUUGUCAAUCAUUGUAGAUAAGCUCGAGGUGACAUUUGCUCAUCCAUAACUUCCAUAUGCUGUGUGUAAGGAUGCAGCAAGUCAGUUGUCGUAUACAAAGACUUCCAUCAUCUGUUGUUUAGAGCUACAUGUAUCAAACUGACCUUCAUUAAGGCAGUUGGUUAAAUAAACUUUGAUAUGCA